GUGGGUGUUUGUAUCCUGUAAAAUAUGACACAGAAAUCUAGUCUCUGAGUACUCCUUCAUCAGUGCAGUGAAUUAAAUUACGAAUGCAGAGAUGGAAUUUUUUAAGAAAUUGGCGAUUUUUAUGGUUUUUUGCAAUGUUGCAUGUUAUGGAUGGGAAAGAGAAACGGCAUGUCCCUUAAUUUGUACUUGCAACUUUCAACACAUAUCAGAGACAGCGAUUCACAGAUUUCUACAGGAGAAAACCAAAUCAAACCUUGGAGAGGCAGGUUUUGUGGAAAACAACGAGGUAAUCUAUGACGAACCGCUAGAUGCGAUCGAACUUCUGGAAAAAAAUCGUCGCAACAUAGUGGUGAAAUCCGCAACAUGUAUUCUACAGACCGAAACCGACCCUAUGGAGCUGAUAGAUUCCCUAUCAGCCAACUUCGAAAGUCUUACUUUCAUCCAAGCGUACAAAUCAGGGAAUAAAACAAUCAAGUUCAGCUGGCUAAGUAAAUUCGAAAAACUUAUAAGUCUUGAACUUAUUGGUCCAACCAUAUUUCGUAAAGAUGUGGAUAAUCAUUUGCUAUGUCAGAUGGAUUACGCUUUAGAGAAUUUGAAAUAUUUGAACUUAGAAAGAGUGCUUGUGCAAAACUCUAAAGAACAAAUCCAAUCGUUCCUGGAAGUUAUGAAAGAAAGUGAAAACAUUACAUUCGAGUAUGUGCAAAAAGUCGACGGAAACUUCCAUCCUUUAACAAUAAUUCGGAAAGGCUCUGCAGAAAAUGAAGAAGUUUUGCCCUAUGAAGUAUUCAAGGAACAACGAAAGACCAGUGGAGAAAUUCCACUUUUUAGUGGCUUUAAAAAACUAUCAUUACUGAGAAUUGCAAAUUGUGAACUGAAUAAUAUUCAUUGGGAAAUGUUUGAUGGUCUCAAUGAGCUGCAAUCGCUCAUUCUGGAACGCAACAAUUUAUCUUACAUUCCUUCAUUCGCAUUCUAUGGAACCCCUAGCAUAAAGAGGCUUUCUCUUGCCCAUAAUAAACUUCUAGAUAUUGAGAUUACUGACCUAGCCGGACUCCUGCAAUUGGAGUACUUAGAUUUGACCUACAACAACUUCACGCAAUUAUCUGAACUGUCUUUUCCUCCAUUUCCGAAACUCAAAUUGGCGAACUUUGCUAACAAUCCUAUUGGCAUCAUUUUUCCUAAUACUUUUGAAGUGAUGAAUACCACUGAUUCGCUCAUAAUAGGCGGGGAAGAUUUUCCAUUAACUUUACUGCCGAAUUCAUUUGCCGGACUUGGAAUGCUUAAAACGCUGACUCUUUAUAAUGUGAACGUGCAGUUGCUUAAACGAGACUUUUUUGCAGGAUUGUCACAACUAAUAGAGCUAGUUCUGACUGGAAAUAUAAGUAAAAUAGAAUUUGACGCAUUCCAGGAAGUUUUAAACCUAGAAACGCUUAUUCUGAGAAAUUGUAGGAUUUACAACAUUUCAAUGGAUGGAUUUCUGGAACUCAGAAAGUUGAAAUAUUUGGAUCUCUCUAAAAACGAGCUGGAAUACAUUCCCACUGGAGUUUUUGAUGACUUAAUCAAUAUUCGAGAGAUCUACCUCAACGAUAAUCAAUUUAAAACUCUUCCAAGGGACAUAUUUUCGAAAAUACACCCAAAGCUGUUGCGAAUUAAUGAAAAUCCGUGGCACUGUACUUGUGAAAUGAGUGAAUGGAAGCCGAUUAUAGCGAGCAGAAUUAAGCAAAAAUAUUUAAAAAAUUGUGAAUUCAUUGACGAUAAGGGAAUUGGAUGUGCUGGCAUUGGAAGCAGAUUUGAAUAUAAAUAUAUAUAUGAUAACAGAGUAUCACCCAAGUGCGCCGAACCAGAACAAUAUAAGCAGUGGAGCGUUUUUCACGCUAUGAGGAAGAUUUUCAAGUGCCCAGACUACAAACCAAAAUUAAAACCACAAAUUUUCUACAAAAAUAAAACAAACAUUUCAAAUUCCAUCAGUGCCUCUGAAAAUGACAUGCAAAACCCAACUACUGCUUCAAACAUUUCGAAACUUAAAAACCGACGACUCAAAGCCAAAUUGAGGAAAACUAAGUAUCUUAACUACAAACUGAAAAAGCACGCACUUUUGGCUGACCAAAUCAAGAAUAAAGGCACUGACUUGGAAAACGUUUUAAUCCCACAUGAUCUAGAGAACGAGUUAAGCAAUAUAAAAAUGAAUUCAGAGGAAUCAACUUAUUUACUCACAAAUCAAUUGCAUAUUGAAACUCAAAAGAAACAUCACAAGAAAAGUAUUUAAUCGAAAUGUGUUAAUAUUUUUAUAAAAAUUAGAUUUAAUAUAACAUUUGGGAGAAAUGCAUUUGAAACUCAGUGUAAGCUUUCGAGUCAAAUACCUCUGAGGAUACAAGCCACUCGUGCUUGCAAAACGUCCGAAGUGACUUCGAAAGCAAAUUUUGUAAGAAAAAUGACAAA